GCGGAGCCGAGCGGAGACGGCCACGGCGCUGCAGAGCGGCUGGGGCGGCGGCGCGGCUCCCGGCGCUCCCCCCGGCGCGCCCCGACUCGCCAGGCCCCGGAGCCAUGGGCUGCAUCGGCUCCCGGACCGUGGGGAACGAGGUCAUCGCUGUGGAUUGGAAAGGUCUGAAGGAUGUGGACCAGAUCAACAUGGACAGCACCAGCUCGCUGCAUGGCAGCAGCCUGCACCGGACAUCUACUGAGCAAACCAGAACUGACUUCUCCUGGGAUGGCAUCAAUCUCUCCAUGGAGGACACCACUUCUAUUCUUCCGAAGCUGAAGCGAAACUCAAACGCCUAUGGCAUUGGGGCGCUGGCCAAGUCAUCAUUCUCAGGGAUUUCAAGAAGCAUGAAGGACCAUGUGACAAAGCCCACGGCCAUGGGCCAGGGCCGAGUGGCCCACAUGAUUGAGUGGCAGGGCUGGGGAAAGGCGCCCGCCAUUCAGCCUCAACACAGCCAUGAAGCCGUGCGCAGGGACACAGAUGCCUACUCCGACCUCAGCGACGGCGAGAAGGAGGCACGUUUCCUUGCAGGGGUCAUGGAACAGUUUGCCAUCUCUGAGGCCACCCUCAUGGCCUGGUCGUCCAUGGAUGGCGAAGACCUGAGUGUCAAUUCUGCCCAGGAGCCUUUGGGUUGCAACUACAGUGAUAACUACCAGGAGCUUAUGGAGAGUCAGGAUGCCCUGGCUCAAGGCCCCCUGGAUGGAUGGCCUCACUCCUAUGUGUCCCAAGGCAUGUACUGUCUGGGGUCUUCAGACGCCUGGGAAGCAAGCGACCAGUCCCUCAUUGCCUCUCCAGCCACCGGAUCCUACCUUGGCCCUGCCUUUGAUGACUCACAGCCAAGCUUGCAUGAGAUCGGGCCUUCCCAGUCUGCUUCGGGAUAUUCGACUCAGAAGCCUCCGCCUUUUCUGGGUGUGGACACUGACUGGGCACCAGGGGUGGGCGGGGUGGACCUGGCCAGGGGCCCUUCAGAUGAGGAGGAGAAGAAGCCACUGGCACCCGAGGAAGAAGAAGAUGCAGGAUGCCGAGACCUCGAGUCACUCUCCCCACGGGAAGAUCCCGAGAUGGCCACGGCACUCAGCCGGAAGGUGUCUGACGUCACAUCUUCAGGUGUGCAGUCUUUUGACGAGGAGGAGGGUGAUGCCAACAAUUAGCUUCCUCCCACCCAACUGUGGGGCACGGCUGUAACAACCCCAUCCUAGCUGGAAAAGCAGAGGGCAUAUGUGUGGGGUCCCACCCAGGCUAAUGCUCUAGAAAGUGGAAACUGAGACCCCGACCGCCAGGGGGACAUGGACUUUGCUUGGCUGCAGGCUCUGGGUCUGAGAGGAUGGAGCUCCUGGUGGAUGAUGUGUGGCUGAUGCCCAACUGGAUCUCAGCCCUUUGCUCUCUGAUUGUGUCUUCCAGAGCUUCGGCAGCCAUGGCAAUAUGAUGCCUCCUUUCUCCAUGUCACUCUUGCUUUUCCUAACUCUGGCUGCCCUGGCUCAUUUCAACCAUGAAGCACAGACCUUUGGGGGCCAUCAGACAUGGCUCAUGGAGAGCCAUGUCCAGGCCACAUGCCUUGGGAGGGGUGGGCACUUUAGCUUGUGAGAUCUGAGCCACACAGAGGAAGUGAUGUGGCAGCAGGGAUGCUGCCCAGAGACCAACUCCCUGCUGAGAGCAAGAACAAGCAAGGCCACUAAUUCUGAAAUCCUGAGGAUCUGGGGAAAGAACCCAGCUGGGGCUGGGGUUCCAGCUCCUGCUUCCUCUUUUUGCCUUCUUCCAAUCCCCGCUCUGGAAAUCCAGGCCCUAAAGAGGGGUGGCAUGGAGAGAAUGCAGAGGGGAGGGGUUCUGGUCAGGUGAGAAAGCAUGAGGGCAGCCUCUCCCUCCAUAACCUCCCCCCUCCACAAUUCUCUGGAGCUGUUUACACUUUUCUCUUUGCCUUUUCUA